CAGUGCACGCCUUCUGGGCCGGGCCCCGCCCCGGCGGCUUUAUGAGGCGGCCGCCCGCCAUCCGUCGCCAUCCGCCUCCAUCGGCCGCCAUCCGCCCCCAUCCGCCCCUUCCUCGGGCUCGCCGACGCCUCCUCCCCCUCCGAUGGCCGUCCUUUUGGUCCUGGCCCUGGCCGCGGCCGCCCUGGCCGAGCCGCUGCGCUACAAGGACUGCGGCUCCACCGUGGGGACGGUGAUGGAGGUGAACGUGAGUCCCUGCCCCACGCAGCCCUGCCAGCUCCACAGAGGGGAGUCCUACAGCGUCAACGUCACCUUCACCAGCGACACCCAGUCGCAGAACAGCACGGCGUUGGUUCACGGCCUGGUGCUUGGCGUCCUGGUGCCCUUCCCCAUCCCCGAGCCCGACGGUUGUAAGAGCGGCAUCGCCUGCCCCAUCGAGAAGAGCAAAACCUACAGCUACUUGAACAAGCUGCCGGUCAAGAGCGAAUAUCCCAGUAUUAAGUUGGUCGUGCAGUGGGAACUGGCGGAUGACAAGAAGAAUCGUCUCUUCUGCUGGCAGAUCCCAGUGCAGAUCACCAGCUAGAGAGCCGGGCGGGGACGGGGGCGGGGGGAGACGCCGGCCCGGUGCCCAACGGGAACAAGGGGAUCGCCGCGUUUUCCGCUCUCUGCCCCGACGGCCCCCCCCCCCCCCGAGCGCCCGGAAUCCGGUUGCCCGGCGGGCCGGUCGGGAGCCGCGCCGGCCGGACUCCCGUCCCCGAGAGAGGCCGGGUGUCUCUCGCCCCGGUUCUCGGCAGUCGGGAUGCGGGGGCUUUGAGGCGGGCGAUAAGACUUCCCCCUCCCCCCCCCCCCCCCCGGCACCUCUGGCCGCCCUCAAGAGGGUUCCCCGUUCCGGGUGGAUUUCCUCGCUCGCUCCCCCACCUCGGGAGAGUAAAUCCUCUCCCCCGUUAAGUGCCUGGCGGUGAGCUCCUUAACCUCCCCUGGCUCCGUCUUGCUUUCCGGCAUCCCCCUCGGCGAUAACCCGCUCCCCGCGACGCCGGUCACCGGGGAGCUUUCUUGGGGCGCCUUCCCCGGGAGGCGGUUCGUACCCCCGCGGAGCCGGAGUCGCCUCCCGGCCCGGGUCGGUUUCCCGCGACCCGCGGUGGCCCGUUCUUUUUGUAACCUCGGUACGCUGGCUUCUCUGGUUUUUUUUUUUUUUUUACAAACCCGGAAAUUCUCCUUUUAAUAAAGUCUUAGAAAUCCUCC